AUGGCGGAAGCUGAGUACGAGGUGAUGGAGAAGAUCGGCCAUGGCUCCUUUGGAGUCAUCCGAAAGGUCAGGCGAAAGGUCGACGGCAUGGUUCUCUGUCGCAAAGAGAUCAGCUACCUCAAGAUGUCGCAAAAGGAGCGCGAACAGCUGCACGCCGAAUUCCACAUCCUGUCGUCGCUACACCAUCCUAAUAUCGUCGGCUAUUUCCACCGAGAACACCUCAAGCAGUCACAGGACCUCCACCUGUACAUGGAGUACUGCGGCAACGGCGAUCUUGGCCGAAUGAUCAGGAAUCUGACUCGCGACAAUAAAUAUGCAGAAGAGCAUUUCGUCUGGGAGGUCUUUUCGCAGCUGGUCACGGCGCUGUACAGGUGUCAUUACGGAAAAGCCCCUCCAGAGGUGGGACAGAACGUACUGGGAACAGGCGUUCCGCCCAAGUCGAAGCCCACCCCAGGCAGUAUGACGAUUCUGCAUCGUGACUUGAAGCCCGAGAACGUCUUUCUCGGGGAAAACAACUCCGUCAAGCUCGGCGACUUUGGCUUGUCCAAGAUGAUCCAAUCCCACGACUUUGCCUCAACAUACGUUGGCACUCCAUUCUACAUGUCGCCUGAGAUAUGCGCCGCAGAACGCUAUACACUGAAGUCCGACAUCUGGUCAUUAGGCUGUGUCAUGUAUGAGUUGUGUGCGCGAGAACCUCCAUUCAACGCCAAGUCGCAUUUCCAGCUCGUACAGAAGAUCAAGGAGGGAAGGGUUGCAACAUUGCCCAGGGUAUACUCGUCAGAACUGAUGGUUGUCAUUCGGGACUGCCUGAAGGUCAACCCAGACUCAAGACCCGACACCGCAACAUUACUGAAUCUCCCAGUUGUGCGACUGAUGCGCAUGCAGCGCGAGGCUGUAGACCUGAAGUCCCAGCUAGAUGCCAAACUGGGUGCUCUUGACAGGAAGCUGAGAGAGGCGGACAAGAAGCUGGCUAGCAUCGACGCCGACAAAGCAUACGCGCGACAAGAGAUUGAAUCCUCGUUGCGGAGAGAGUGGGAAGUCAAAGCACGGCUCGAGAUCGAUCGCCUCGUAAAUGACGAGAUAGAAUCUCUGCAAAAGCGGUUCGAGGGAGAAGUACAAGCGCGGGUACAGGAGGAACUGCAGAAGAAGUCAGUCACUUUCGGCGAUGUCGAGACUCAGGAGUUCACAUCCUCAGCCAAGUCGGAAUACCCACAGUCUGUUGCUGGCGCAGACACAGACGGCGAAUUCCCAUCUACUACGGAUAUCACCGAGUUCUCGGUUGAUUCGCCUGAGGAGGCCCCCCUCAAGAAGAGCUCACGCGCGCCCUUUGGCCGGGCGCAGACCAUGUUCGAGCGCAAUUUCGGAACGCCAAUGGACGUUGACAUGGCUUCACCAUUACCAAUAGCACCAAUAGCCAUUGCUUCUCUGUCCCUAUCGCCCAGACGCAACAAUGCUACGAAGGCGCCUUUAGCCAACGCGCCCACUAUCUUCGAUGAGGUGGAAGAGGACGCGCGAUGGAAAACGACUCGAGACAUGGACCCGGUGCUGUCAGAAUCUGACGAAGACGACGAUGACACGCCCGUCAUACCGUCCCCGACCCGGCCGCCACGGUCGAACAAGAACCCCUUUGGUCCUCAGCGACCUGUCCUCACAUCUAUGAAGACGGCCCCAGUCAACCGGCUCAAGACGCAAGCAUCCUCCACGGGCACCAACAAGCCGAUGCCGCCCCUGCCUUCGGCAACGCACUCAGUCCCGGACCUAUCCCUGCGUCCCCAGCCCAGCAACGGCGCCCUCCGCGAGCGCAGCAACUCGCCCAACCGGCGGAUGAGCAAGAUCCCCUCGGCCGCCAACUUGCUCCCCCUGCCGAGCAGCGGCGAGAACAACGGCCUGCAGCGCAAGCCCUCGCUGACCAAGAAGGACCCGGAGUCGACGCUCGCCAAGGUGGCGGUCAAGAACAACGUGCGCGGCCGCACGCUCGUCGAGCUGCAGCAGGCGCGCGCCGGCGGCCGGCCCGUGUCGGUGGUCGAGAACGGCAACGGCGCGAAUUUUAGUCCCAGGCGCGGCGCCUCGUUCAAGGACCGCUGCUUCGUGGGGGAGCCCGCCGUGUGGGACCCCGAGAGGGACGAGAUGCCCAGCCCGUUUCUUGUGAGGCGGAAGCCGGUGCUUGUUUCUCGCACUAUGUAG